AUGGCACCGCCGACGCUACCCGCCAAUGCGCGGGUCUCCACCAACCCAUUCCUGCAAUCCAAGCUCAACCAUUUACGCGACCGAUCACUGGGCAGCAGCGCAGUUCGGGCCACCACCGCUGAAAUCGCUCGCAUUCUAGCCGUCGAGGCCACACAGAACGACCGUGAGACGGCCGCUAUCGCGCAAAGCGGCGGCAGGAUCGCGUUGAUUGUGGUGCUGCGUUCGGGGCUGGGCAUGAGCGACGCCUUUCUCUCCCAGCUGGCGCCAGACACCGAUGUUGUCGUUUAUCAUAUUGGCAUGUUCCGCGAGAAAGUCUCGCUGCAGCCGGUCGAAUACUAUAACAAGCUGCCAAACAAUAAUACCGAGAUCAAGCGUGUGUACGUGGUGGAUCCGUUGAUUGCUACGGGGGGUACGGCCAGCGCUGUCAUUGAAGUGUUAAGGGAUUGGCGCGUCGAACACAUCACCUUUGUGUCGAUGCUGACGAGUCAAAUAGGACUGGAGACUGCCUCCAAGGUCUGGCCUGAAGGCACGGAUUUUGUUGUCGGCGCCAUUGAUCCUAGUUUGGAUGGACAUGGCUAUAUUGUGCCCGGCAUCGGGGAUAUUGGUGACCGUCUAUUUGGGACGGGGCUUUCCCAUUGA